GCGCACGUACACACCGCGCAGUGCGUCGACGACGGCAACGUCAGCCUCGGACGGAUUCUCCGUCGAAGAAGCUCCAUUCCCGUUGUUCGCCAGUGCGGACUUGUCGUCGGUCGCCAGUCGAAGAAGAACGCGGUCAGUGUCUGUGCCUUUUGUGCGCGAGUGCAGCGAGUCAUCGUCGUCGUCGUCGUCGUCGUCGUCGUCGUCGUCGUCGUCGUCGUCGUCGUCGUUGUCGUUGUCGGCGGCGCGGGCGAGCGAGCGACGAGAGCGCGACUGCGCCUCGCGUUCCGCGAUGGCCUCGUUUGCCGAGUCUGCUGCCUGAAGCAGGCUUCCCGCAGCUCUCGUGCCUGGCGCUCGCGGCAGCCGAGGUGAUCCGCGCUGGGAACGAUCGAAACGGGGCUAGUAAAACAACAUCAAUGAUGGAGGAUCCACAAACUCCAGGCUCUGAUUGCAAUUCUAAUCCAGCAAAUGAGCCACUAGACUUGGUUGGCUCAGAGUUCAUUCAAGACAACAUGGACUACCAAUGGUUCAUUGACUACAGAGAUGGAGGCUUACACGUACAUCCUAGCGUACUGUCGUCUCUAUCUGCUUCCUAUACUAAAGAUGACUUAGGUUACUACGAUGACCUGGCUCGCAAUAUUGAUGCCAAUCUUGCUGAGGUCGACAUGGAAAGCUUCAGAACUGCAGAUAUUCACACACUACUGACUGCUCUACCUGUUAUGUGUACUGAUCCCGUACAACACUCUGAAUUUAACUACCAGCGUGAAAGAUAUGCCAGUAUAUCUGGCUCGGUGAUGGAAAAACUCGACAUCAGUUCGUCCAUAAGUCCUCGAGCUAGCAGCCAGGGUGAAGACUCGGCAUGCUCGACAGCCGACACCAUAUCCAUCUGCAAGUCUUCAUUGCUGUUUUCACCAGUGAAGGAGAUGCCGGUAUUGCCACCAGGAGGCAGUUAUAGCGUUGAUUCACUCGAUUGCGAAGACAUGCUUAUCACGUGCCAGACAAAUAAUAAGAAUAAUUAUACCAUUGCUUUCGAGGGUAGCAUCGCUAUGUAUUCCGAUGGCUCACAGGAUUUUGAUAAUCAAGGCAUAGGACAACUGUUUCCAGACAAGCAAAAAAACUACGAGACGCCAUCGUCCUAUUAUGAUAAAACGACGCUCAACUUCAAAAAUAUGUUGGACAUGGCAUGCUCGGAUUCGAAAAUUUACACAACCUGGAGUAACUUGAAGAAUUCAUCGGUGGGCAAAACGAUGACUCGUCAUCCAUCUGGCAACAAUAAUACAACACCAAAUUUCCUUCAGUCUAAUGUUUCGACUAACAAUACUCUUAUCGUUAAUAAGAGCAAAAGUCAAAGCUUGCCGGACCUCAAUCAUGCGAGAGAACUUGAACGCGUCGAGAUGCCUCUCAACUUUUCGGUCGACUCAGGUGAGACAACAAGCCGAAGUGGUCGUUUUCAAAGCUCGGGUUCGAUGAUGAGCCGUUCGAUGAACGAUGAAGAAAGCUCAGACAGCGUGGGAAACACAUUAUCAUCCAACAAAAAACUUCAAAAUAUGAGCCUUGUUCGUUUGUUCAUGAAGCAAAAGAGUAUGAGUACCGAGGGUAUGAGUCUAACAUUCGACUCAGCGAGUGAGAAUGGUUGGCCUAUCAGCAGCAACAGCGAGAGUGCCACGAAUAACACUCAGAUACAUCGGCAAUUGCAGCAGCAGCCUGCAAACUUGCCAGAUAACGAUUUGGCCAUUAAGUGGGUUAAGACCGACGAUAUGCCAAAGAAGAUGUCGAAUUGUUCGACAUCGAUGGAGGAUUUACUAAAUACAUCGAGGUCUGCGUCAUCAAUCGACAAAAGUACUAGUCUUAAAGGAAAAAAAGAGAUGAUAAACGCUACAACUACUACUGGUGUCCAGGCGAUGACUGAAGUAGAAGACAACAGCGUGCAAACCUCUCUGGCUUAUCCAUCGCCAAGCAGUAGCUCGGGCAAUGGUUUCCCAUUUCAUGAAACGAUGGUUAAUAAACGUCCAGUUUACGUUGUUUAUCCUAACUAUACUUUACCAGAUUUGUCAUUCCUCAACACAUCGGAAACGCGUUUCGAUAGUGUCUCACUCAAACCACAAAACUACGGCAAACGAAUUAACAAGCCGAGCAGACCAUUCUCUUGCAACGAUAUUGAUGCACUAAAACAAAAAGGAUUCUCACACGUAAAAGAUUGGGAGUCAUUGACGUUUUUGUUACCCACGGAAUACAGGAAGGUGCUUAAUGAUGUACCAGAAAUAUCGAGGCAAGUGAAGAUUAUUGGCGAAGAAGUGAAAAAACCAUUAUUCUGUCUCUCGCCACCCAUGAGACACAGGAAGAAAACCUUGGGCGAUAUAAUUCCGAAUACCAUAGUAUCGUCGAGUAGCAGCACUGCUACCCAGCCGUCGUCUGGUUACAGAGGCUCGUCUACCAUCUUGAGUGACUCGUCGUCUAAUCAGCAAAACUCUGAAAAUGGUGCUUUGGGCAACAACCCACUCUAUCUCUAUCGUUACGAUAGCGUUAGUUCCGAAGCUUCCCUUCACGGUCAAGAAAAGAUGCACUCGGCUCGUCAAAUUCUACGUCCUAACGCUUCAGUCCUUCCCAAACGUUCCAUUUCCUUACCGCAGGGUGCCGAUGCCGCACCACCACGUCCUCCACUUCCCCGCAGUAUUCUGCGUAAGAAUCGAGCGAAACGUUGCAGUAUGUUUGAGAUGGGUCAGCUCACGGAGGUAGAAGCUAUCAGUCAAGAAAACAAACGGAUGUCACUGCAAGAACCAUAUUACAUGAACAAUGAUCUGCAGUUGUUGAGGAUGGACUCGGAGAAGGACAUCGAUGAAGCUGAAGAGAGACAGCGAUUCGACAGAUCGCAAGGAAUGGAUAAUAACGAGCUUGAGAGCAGCAACGAAGAUGUCAAACAGCUGGAGGAAUUUCUGAGGCGCAGCGGGUUGUCAUCGCACAGCAGCGACGGCGAUAGUGAUCAUGAUGCGGAUAUGAAACUGCGCUCUUGCGUAAGGAGGUUCCUCGCGCUCAAGAUGAAUCAGGACAUGGCUAAGAUGAUUGACAUGGCUGAUUCACAGAAAAAGACUGUUAGUUUCGCUGUCAAUGGACAGAAAAAAUAUACGGACGAUAAGACUUUGAUGGGAGAGAAGGAUCGCUUGAACGUGAGCGAAUCUGAAAAUAUGGAGCUAAGGCCUCUAGAUUUAGAAGAGAAAAAAAAAAUGAUAUGGUCAGUAAACAAGGCGGUGGACGCAUUAUUGAAAUUCUGGCAUAGCGAGCCAGUGCGUAGCCGACAAGGCUACAAUGAUAAAAAUGAGUGCUCACAAUUGUGUUUGAGUGCACUUUGCCCAGCUUUAUAUGCCGUGAUGUCUGACGGAUUAAAACCACAUCUCAACUCAACUUUCGGUCCAAUUGCCAAUAGCGUUUGGCAAGUAGUCGAAGCUUCAUCACAACAAGGCCCGUUGACCAAAACUCUGAACGAUCUGGUACAAAAGAUCAACGGCGAAGAUUUCAUAACCGAGGGUAUGCUGAAAUUUCACGCUUUCGUAUUUGGACUGCUCAAUCUGCGAGCUCUCGAUGCUUGGUUCGCCUACUUGUGCACCCGCGAGUCGAUUCUUCGCAAGCACUAUAGUAACAAUAGUCUAUUCAUCGGUGCUCUUAGCUGCGUAAACAGUCGCGAAGUUGUAGAUGCUUUUCUUAACAUUCUUCAACCGCUCGCUUUCUGUCCGUUUCAAUUGGACUUACUCUAUCAGUACAGACAACUGCACAACAGUUUCGGUCAGGGUAGCGGACUAAAUAUGGAAGCAAAGAAGCUUGCAAGGCCUAGGUCUUGCGUGUUGUAUGAUAGAGAAGAAAAGAGGAACGAGGAAGAGGCUAAGAGGCGAUGGAGUCACAUACCACCAAGUGCGAAAUAUGUUUUUGAUAGACUUGAUGAUUCGGACGAUUACACUGACAGUCUCGAGCAUUCGCCGCUAAAUCGAGCUAGUCCCAAAAGAACUGCUACGAAGCAGCAGUCUAAACUCGCAGAUAACAAAGAUUCACGAAGAGACGAGGACAAUCAGACAACCGGUGACUCCAAGUUUCGUAAGCUCCAAGAAAAAUGGGAGCAUUUAGGCCGCGACGAGAACGCCCAGUCUGCGACCACUCCGUCUCCAUCCUCUCCUACACGUAAUCCUCCCUGCUUAAAUAAAUCAAAAAUCCCACGACUCCUUACUUCUCCCGUAAAGACAAUUUCUAAUCUUCCUAUUCCAAUUAAAUCCACCAAAUCUCCAUCGGGAAUUCCAUCCCUUAAGAAACCCAUGGGCAUCGCCGCUAAACCUGCAAAAAAGAUUCCGGAACCAAAGGAUUCGCCAAGACGAACAAGUCGAAUGGAUCAAGAAAAUAUAGGUGUACCUCGAACUAUAAUAAGACCUAGCUCGUUGCCAUACAAAACCUACGGUACCAGUACCAAGGAUCGGAAUGCCGUGUCGCCGCAUAGAAGGGCUGCGUCUACUUCACUCCCAAGGCCGCAUUCCAUUGCCGCGCCGCCGAAACCGCCUAAGCAGACUGCUAAAACUGUACGUACUUUGACAAGUAAACCACAAUCCGAGGACGGCCACUUAUCAUUUGGAGAGGGUGAGAAGUUGAAGGUAAUUUUGGAGGUAGACAACAAAUGGCUAUUGUGCUCGAGAGGUGAACGCAAGGGACUCGUACCUCGUAACUGCGUUCGACCGCUUCAAACUUAGCAGAGUACAACAAACAUCUUUAGCGGUAUCCCCAGAGCAGUGUGUAAAUAUUGAUUUGGCGGCGCAUGUAUUUUAAAAGUGGCUUGGGGAUGAUGAAAAAAAGCUCGAGGUCCAAAAAAAGUAUCACUGUUAUCACGAGAGAAAGAUUGACGCUUCGUUUAUAUAUAAAUGACUAAUUGAAUCGAGUCAGCAGAUUUAAUAGCUGUAAGAUUUCGAUGUUAUUAUGUAUCAUUAUGAUGACGAUAAUGAUAAUGAUGAUUAUGAUUAUUAUUAUUAUUAUUAUUAUUAUUAUUAUUAUUAUUAUUAUUAUUAUUAUUAUUAUUAUUAUAAGAGAUAUAAUGACUAAGGUAUUAUAUAAAAGAAAAAAAGAAAUUAGAAAACGAAUUACUAUAAAGUGAGUAUAGUGGCUAGUCACUUGUAAGCUUUUGAAGAAAAAAACCAGAAUGUAUUUAAUAAUACGAGCAUACAGCUAUUUAUAACCAUGAUGUACAUAUAUACAGAGAGAAAAAGGAGGCAGUAUAAGGAGAUGAAAUAGCAGUUGAAGAUUAUUAUUAUGAUUAGUGCUGACAAAACGAGUAAUAACUUAUAUAAUGUAUUAUUAUAUUAUGUAUAAAUGUAACUGUGAUGAUAGCUUGUAGACAUUUCCGGCGGAGAAAAACUCGAGAGAGAAAAAGAGAGCAGGAAUAUUUGCGUUUUCCCUAUCCUCUACUUUUUCAUAUUCCUCGACUCAUUUUUAAAAGCACAUGACCAGUGCGCGUCUCUCGAUACAUAAAAGAGUAUUUUAUCUCCGGUUGGAUAUUUUACUCUUCAUUCAUAUGUAUUGUCAUUUUUUUUCUAUCUUAUAAUUUUUUUCUCUUUUGUUAUACACGCUCCUUAUUUAUCCGCGGCGCACAAGUGAUUGAUAUUAUUAUGUGACUUUCUUAUUAUUUGUACCUUUUUUCCUUUUUUAGGCUAUUUUUGAAUGAUUUGUUUUUAUUGAUGAUGAUCAUGACAAAUUUUGAGGCAUAAUAGUAUUAUAAAAAUAAAUAAAAGCAGCUUCAGCGCCUAAAAGAUUACAACUCGAUUACUGGGCGUCUGGUGUUUUUUACUCGCUUUGUGUAUUCCUCGGCAUGUGGCAGAAGUAAGGAGUAAUAAGCUAAUAAAAUUCAUCUCAAACAUUAAA